GAUCUCCGCCCCCGCUUCCGUCCCCGCCCCAGUUCUCCUGGCCUAGGAGGGGGCGGGACGGACGGGAUGGGGCAGCCCCGGCCCUUUAAGGGGCGGGCACUUGGCUGGGUUCGGGCGUUGUUGGCUGCUGGAGCUGAAGCUGGAGUCAGGACGAGUCAGUAGAAGCCCAAGAAGACGGGGCCGGGCCGGGCCGGGCCAGGGCCUGAGCACGGGGCCAGGGUCCUAGGUCCUAGGUCCCAGGUCGGGCAGGACCAUGGGGAAGCUCCAGCUCUUUGAGAUCUACCUCAGCAACAGCCGAGUCAUCUACAGUCCCGGGGAGCCGCUGACCGGGACUGUGAACCUGCGCCUGGGCGCCGCGUUGCCCUACCGAGCCAUCAGGGUGACCUGCACAGGGUCCUGCGGAGUGUCCAGCAAGGCCAAUGAUACUUCAUGGACAGUGGAAGAAGCAUACUUCAACAGCACAUUGUCCCUGGCUGACAAAGGAACCUUGUCACCUGGAGAACAUGCCUUCCCCUUCCAGUUCCUGUUGCCAACCACAGCACCCACAUCCUUCGAGGGGCCCUUUGGGAAGAUUGUGCACCAGUUGCGUGCUGUGAUCGACACCCCUCGCUUCUCCAAGGACCACAAAUGCAGCCGUAUCUUCUACAUCCUCAGUCCCUUGAACCUCAACAGUCUCCCAGACAUCGAGCAACCCAAUGAGGCCACGACUACCAAGAAGUUCUCUUACAAGCUGGUGAAGAGUGGGAGUGUUAUCCUCACUGCAAGCACUGACCUCAGGGGCUAUGUUGUGGGUCAGGUGGUCCAGCUCCGUGCAGAUAUUGAGAACCAGUCUGGCAAGGACACAGGGCCUGUGGUGGCCAGCCUUCUCCAGAAAGUAUCCUACAAGGCCAAGCGCUGGAUCUAUGAUCUUCGGACAAUCGCAGAGGUUGAAGGCUCAGGGGUGAAGGCCUGGAAGCGGGCUGAAUGGCGGGAGCAGAUCUUGGUGCCAGCCUUGCCACAGUCAGUGCUGCCUGGCUGUAGCCUCAUCCACAUAGACUACUUCAUCCAGGUCUCACUGAAGGCACCUGAAGCAACAGUGAAUCUGCCCCUUUUCAUUGGCAACAUUGCAGUGAAUUGCCCUCCAUUGAGUCCUGUCCUGUCCUUGUCUGGGCUCCCACCUCCCCUGGUACCUACUGCACCACCUGAGGACUUGGACAUGGCAGCCUGCGGGCCUUGUCCUAUAGUCAGUGUCUCCCUCCCUACUAAGAGCCACUCACAGCAGCAGCAACAGUCAGCACGGCCCUUCAGCUAUACACCUGGUCUGAGCUUUCCUGAGACCCGGCCUGAGGUUGAGCCUGGCCCUGAGGAUGGUUCACCUGCUCCCAGCCGGCCUCCACUCUGCCUGUCCACCGGUGCCACUGUUCCCUACUUUGCUGAAGGCCCUGUGGUGCCUAUGUCUACAGCCAGUGACCUGAUCUUGCCACCAGAGUAUAGCACAUGGGGCUACCCUUAUGAGGCACCCCCCUCCUACGAACAGAGUUGCAGCAGCGCCAGCUCAGGCUUGAGCAAUGGGAACUGACUUGUGGACUCAGCCCAUCUAGUGGCCUCCUGUGGCCCUUGCCUCAGGCCAAGUUUCCAGUGCUGUGAAGAGGAGGAGCUGCUGUCUGAAUCUUUGGCCCUGAGGGAAGGAGAGGGCCCAUAGCCCGGAGCCGUUUGACCUCUGACUUUGUAUCUCCUUGGAGAGUCCCCCCAUGCCUUAAACCCUAGCCUCUCUGCCUGUCAGGUUGGGCUGUGUAUUCUGUGGCCCUGGGGGAGAGGUCUUGGGGCUCCAGUCAUACUGUGUAUCUCCAUUGCCCAUGUAGGCUAUAGGGCCCUGGAACGGCUGACAACGAACCUGGCUCUGGUGCAGGAGGACUGAUUGUUCUGUCCAAGGGCAGGGUCUUCCCUUAUUCCCAGGACUCAGCCAAUCACACUGGGGAAACUUUCACUGGCUCUCCCUCUUGUGCCUUUUCUCCUUCUGGGCUCAUGCUGGGUGAGCAUUGUUUAUCUCACUGCUGUAGCCCUAGCUUCCUUGGACAGCAUAAAGAGCUCUCCUGCCAUUCUCCCAUGGCUAGGGUCCACUCCCUGCACAGCCAGAGCUGGGGCAGGAGACCUCAGUGGCUGGCUCUGACUUCCUCUCCCUAGGUGGGACUAUGGGCAAAGUGGAGAUAGCUGGGCUGGAUCUGACUUCCACUGGAUUGUAACCUGUAACCUCCCUCCCCUGAACUAAUACACACCAUGGUGCUCUUCACUUUCUUUCUUCUGGACUUAGGUAUCCCUUGGGCAACCUGUCCUAGGGCAUGUUAUGGUAUGGAUGGUUCUGCAUCCAUCUUGGUAUGUUUUCUAGUAUUGUCUGGGCCUCUUGGAUGUCUGGGAGAGUGAGCAGCACCUUGGUGACCUGUUCUGUUCCCUGCCUCCCCCACCCCCUCCCAAGCUAUCCAGGAACCCCUAGCCUUUGUCUUUCUUCCAUCAGCAUCAGGGUUGGUAAGUGUUGGCCCCAGUCUGGCCAAUGACUCUUUUUAAAGCAUGUGUGCUGUAUUGAGAGAGGUUGCUUGGAUUGGCUCAUGGGGCUGACCUGGUCUCAAGCUGAGGGAGGCUUUAGGAGUCAUAGGGAGUCCUGUCACUUGCUGUUUUUCUAUGGCUCCCCUCCCAUCCCCCUUCCAGUUUCUUCAGGUAUUUAUUGCUAAAUAUGCCUGCCCUCUCCCCCCACUCCCUCCCAGCCUCAGAGGCAUGAAAAUCUACAUGUAAAUAAAGUUUUUGUUUUGUAAUG